CUGGUUCCAGCUCUGAGGAACUGCAGAAAGGCUCGACUAGUGGGCUGUAAGCUCUCAAUGACUGAAUGUGAAGUUGUGGCCUCAGCUCUGAAGUCCAACCCCUCCCUGACUGACCUGGAAAUAGAUCAGAUCUAUAAUGACGCAGGAACCUAUGAUAGAAGGGGAGCCUUUGGAGACUCUGAGAUGAAGCGUCUCUGUGAGAUCCUGGAGACUCCAUUCUGUAAAGUAAAGACGCUGAUAUUGUGGAGCUGCAGUUUGUCAGAGAUCAGCUGUGAUCAUCUGGCAUUGGCGCUGAAGUCCAACCCGUCCCAUCUGAUAGAACUGGACCUGAGAGGAAACAACCUGAAAGACUCUGGAGUGAAGGAGCUCUGUGGUUUCCUCCAGACUCCCCUCUGCAAACUACAGACACUGAGAUUGUGGAGCUGCAGUUUGUCAAAGAUCAGCUGUGAAUAUCUGGCAUCGGCGCUGAAGUCCAACCCAUCCCAUCUGACAGAACUGAACCUGAGCUACAACAAUCUGAAGGAGUCAGAUGUUCAGCAGCUGCAGGAUCUUGUAAAGAGUCCAGACUACAAACUGGAAUCUCUGUUGUGGAGGUCCUGAUGAUCUUAGUGGAGGAGAGAAGCUGAGCUGUCCUGAUGAUCCAGGGGUUGAAGCUGCAGCAGUUUGAGUUUAAAGAGACUCUGACUGGAUCCUGAUGAUAAACUCUGACCUUUGAGAUGUUGAUCCUGUUUAUCUGAUCAUGUCUGUCAUUUAGUGUCUGAUAUUGUUUGUCUCUGUGGACCAAUGAGGAUCAAAUGAAAACUAAGCUGCAUUUAGUGGCUCCAUGGAGUUUUGAUCUGAAUCUG